AUGGAACCUACAAAUGCUAAUGAAGAAGAGGGAAAGAAGAAGAAGAAGAAGAAGGAAGCAUUAAUGAUCCAACCCCUAACUUCAUUCACCCACCUGCAUAAGUUGUCCCCACGCCUGCACCGCAACAUCCGAGCGCAGGGGUACCGUGUCCCGACAGAAGUGCAGAUGGGUGCGAUGCCCGUGAUCUCGCGUGGUGAGAACCUGAUCUGCUGCGCGCCGACAGGAAGCGGGAAGACGGUGGCGUUCAUGGUACCGGUCCUGGACUGGAUACUCGCGCAGGGGAAAGGUGAUGAGGGGGGGGGGGAGGGGAAGAGGAAGAAGGUGCGGGUAGUGGUGGUGGCGCCGACGAAGGAAUUGGCGAGUCAGAUUGUGAAUGAGGGGAAGAAGCUGGCUUUGGGUACUGGGGUGCGUGUAGCGUUGUUGAAGAAGGGUGGUGAGGGGGUUAAGAGUGAGGUUGUGGUGUCAACGCCGGCGGUUUUGUUACAUUCUCUUGAGGCUUCCACCUCAUGCUCCCCCUCCCCCGGUGAGGGGGACGAGAUGGAAGAGAAGAAGACCGACUGGUCCUCAGUAUCUAGGUUAAUCUUGGACGAAGCCGACAUUCUCCUGGACCCCCUCUUCCGCGCACAAACACUUGGGAUCUGGACACAAUUACAAUCUCCGCACCUCCGCACCUCCCUCUUCAGUGCGACAAUCUCUUCUUCCACCGAGACCCUCUGCCAGCAACACAUUCCCCCCUCCUCAUCACCCACUAUCCGCCUGAUUGUCGGCCUGAAAGAUACCACAAUCCAGAACAUCACCCAAAAGCUAACCUACACCGCAACCGAACCCGGCAAGCUCCUGGCCCUCCGCCAGCUCUUCACAACCUCCUUCCACCCGCCCGCCUUAAUAUUCGUGCAGACGAUCCCACGGGCGAGAGCGCUCGUCGCAGAGAUCCUCUACGACCUACCUACCCCGGGCCGGAUCGCGGUACUGCACGCGGAGCUCUCGGACGUUGCGCGUGCGGAGGUUAUGGGUCGCUUUUUAGCAGGGGAGAUUUGGGUGCUUGUCACAACGGACUUACUUGCCCGCGGGAUGGACUUUCGGGGUGUUAGGUGUGUCAUUAAUUACGAUAUCCCGACGUCUGUUGCGGGUUAUAUUCAUCGUGUUGGACGCAUGGGAAGGAGUGGUGGGGUGCAGGGGGGGCUGGCAAUUACGUAUUUUACAGAGGGGGAUGUGCGCUUUGUGAAGGGGAUUGCGGGGGUUAUUGCUAAGGCUCAAGGGGGAGGUGAAGGGGGGAAGGGGGAGGGGAAGUGGUUGGUAAAUGCGCUGCCGAAGGUUGGGAAGAGUGAUAAGGAACGGCUGAAGAAAAGGGGGGUUGAAGCGAGGAGCAAGGCGGCUGAUGGGAAGGAAGGGAGGAUCAGUACUAAGAGUGGCUAUGAGAGGAGGAGGGAGAAUAGAAAGAGGGGGGCUGUUGAGGGGAGUAAGAGGCGGAAAGUGCAGGCUUGGGGCGGUGGGGAUAGUGAUGGGGAGGAGGGGGAGGAGUUUAUGGGGAUUACGGACUUGGAUUGA